AUGGAGUCUCAAUUAUUUACUGAAUGUCAUUAUUAUCGUUUUUCUUCUGGAGGAAGAACGAAUAUAUAUGGGUUGGCGUUGUUUGAGAGUUCAAUGGAAAGCGGCCUUCCGGUCGACCCUGAAUUUCCAUCAAAUGUUUUAAGGUCCUUUCCACAAGACAUUUCGCAUAAACCUCGAAAUCAAAACAAAUCAAAAGCGAUAAAACACCUAUUUGUAAGUUCGUUCUAUGGUAUAACAUGUUUCGUUUCUGCUAUGGGUUAUUGGAAUACUGUUGAACUUCCUUUAAAUCAAGACAUUGGAGAAAUAGUUUCAAUGGAUGUAUUUUCUUCUGAUCAAUCAAAUCUAAUUUUUGCCUUGACGACAACCGAAGAUGAUGGUCAACACAACUUUACACUCCGGAUUUAUUCGUUGGAUGAUGCAUCUCAAAUAUAUAUCGAAGAAGCAAUAUUUAGAAUUGCGGAGCAAUGUCAAGUUAUUAGGAUUCCUUUUACACCAAUGCAACUUUUUCAUACCGGAAUAAAUACUAAUGGGAAACCGAAUAUGUGUCUUCUUUUAUGUGGAAACGAUGGAGGUGUUCAUCUCUAUUUAAGAAAUAAAUCUACAAAUAAAUGGGAAGACGAAUCCGUUCGUUCUUAUUUUCCUUUGCUUGAGUCAUUGUCUGAAUUAAGCUUAAAUAUACUAUCUUUAGAAAUCCGAGAAAUUGGAGAUUUGAAAAUAGUGGCUGCGGGAUGUCAAAAUGGAAGAUUAUACGUUUCAAUCAUGAAGUUUGAUAUCUCAGCUGGAGAUUUUGUCCCAAUUGACGAACCAGCUUUUGUUGUACUUUUUAGCCCAAUAACCUCUAUAUCAGUAUUCUCUUCAUCUUCAAGUAAAAACAGUCCGGGUGAUAUUCAUAUGCUAGUAACUUGUGCUGUCGAACAAGCAAUAAUUUAUUGGUUUAAUUUAAAUUGCUAUAAUGCUUUGAACCGCCCAGUAUACUUAAAAGAAUGUUCUCAGUAUGAUAGCGUUCUUUGUUCUAAUAUAAUGGAUGUUGAUUGGGAUGGAAAAAAUGAAAUUCUUGUUGGUACAUAUGGAAGAGAAUUGCUUGUUUACAAACAAGACAUUGAUAAACACAAUGUAUUGACUUUCAAAUUAAUAUGGCAAAGAUCAUUUAGUCAUCCAAUUUAUCAAAUUGCAAAUUUAGAUUUAAAUCAAGAUAGUAUUGAGGAAUUAACCGUGGCUACUCAACAUGGAAUUCAUAUAUUACAGCCAAACUUAGAAAAGGCAAAAACAGAAUUAUUUCAAGUAUUGAAAAAUCUUGAGAGUUUAAAAAAAGAACUAGAUGAACUAAAAGAACAAUUACCAUAA